UAUUCUCCUUUGUGUUCCAGGAAGAAGUGGAGACUGACAGCAGGAAGAGCUUGUUCAAGGCUGUGAGAAAUCGGAGCACCAUCCGCUGCUUCAUAACAGUGGGCUAGGUGAUCAAGCAGGAGUGCUGCUCUGACAGCAAGUGGAAACCCAGGUGUGGCUGUGGCUCAGCAAGCGCAGGGCCAGUCGAGGCGUUUCACCACCAUGGAUGUUGAUGAGGAGGAGAACAUGAAAGAAUACAUCAUAAAACGUCAUGACAGUUCAUGCAGCACCGACGUAAAGGAAAACCGCAACCUGGACAACGUCUCUUCUAAGGAGGGAGCUGGCCUGGUGGAGCAGCUCCCCAACGGUAGUGGAGGAGGGGGUCGCAAGCGCCCCCUGGAGGAGGGCAACAAUGGCCAUGCGCACUCGAAAUUCAGACCCAAGAAACGUAAGAAAACGCCAGGGCCGGUUCUGCCCAAGAACGCCCUGAUGCAGCUGAACGAGAUCAAACCAGGCUUGCAGUACAAGCUUCUCUCGCAGACCGGCCCGGUCCAUGCGCCGGUUUUCGUCAUGACCGUCGAGGUUAACGGGCAGUUGUUCGAGGGCUCGGGGCCCACAAAGAAAAAGGCCAAGCUGAAUGCCGCCGAGAAGGCCCUGCGUUCCUUUGUUCAGUUCCCUAACGCGUCUGAAGCGCACCUGGCCAUGGGCCGUACGCUCACCGUCAACACGGAUUUCACCUCCGACCAGGCUGACUUCCCUGACAUGCUCUUCAACGGGUUUGAGACGCCGGCACCGCCCGAGGAAUCAUUUUUUCUGGGCUCCAACGGCAACGGCUCCUUAAACCCGCUGGGAGAGUAUCCCGUGCCCCAGGCGCCAGGUACGAACAGCCUAGUUCAGGCGCCCCUGCCACCGCCCUCCUCCUUCGCCUCCUCGGCCAGCGGCAAGAACCCCGUCAUGAUUCUCAACGAGCUGCGGCCAGGCCUCAAAUACGAGUUUGUGUCGGAGAGCGGGGAGAGCCAUGCUAAGAACUUUGUGAUGUCCGUGACUGUGGACUCGCAGACGUUUGAGGGCUCGGGCCGAAAUAAGAAACUCGCUAAAGCCCGGGCGGCCCAGGCGGCUCUGUCUGCGCUCUUCAACAUGCAACUGGACCAGACCCCAUCUCGCCAGCCCAUCCCCAGAGAGGGCCUACAGCUGCACCUGCCACAGGUUCUUGCAGAUGCCGUUUCUCGUCUGGUAGUGGACAAAUUCAGCGAGCUCACUGACAACUUCACCUCUCCACACGCACGGCGGAAAGUUCUGGCGGGUGUUGUCAUGACAACAGGCACUGAUGUCAAGGACGCUCAGGUCAUCUGCGUCUCCACGGGAACCAAGUGUAUAAAUGGCGAGUAUAUGAGCGACCGUGGCCUGGCGCUCAACGACUGUCACGCUGAAAUCAUUGCUCGUCGCUCCCUGAUCAGGUAUCUGUACAUGCAGCUGGACCACUUCUUAAGCAACAAUAAAGAGGAUCACCAAAAGUCCAUAUUCAUGCAGUGUGACAAACGUGGCUUCCGGCUGAAAGACAACGUCCAGUUUCAUCUUUACAUCAGCACAUCGCCCUGUGGAGACGCUCGGAUCUUCUCUCCUCACGAGGCGGGCGUAGAGGACCAGGGAGACAGACACCCCAACAGGAAGGCAAGGGGCCAACUGAGAACCAAGAUCGAGUCUGGAGAGGGAACCAUCCCGGUGCGCACGAGUAACACCAUACAGACAUGGGACGGAGUUCUGCAGGGGGAGCGGCUGCUUACGAUGUCAUGCAGUGACAAAAUCGCAAGGUGGAACGUGGUGGGCAUCCAGGGCUCUCUGAUGAGCUACUUCACUGAGCCCAUCUACUUCUCCAGCAUCAUCCUGGGCAGCCUGUAUCACGCUGAUCAUCUGUCCAGAGCCAUGUACCAGCGGAUCGCUGACAUCGAAGACCUGCCCCAGCAAUUCUCCCUCAACCGCCCCCUCCUCAGCGGAAUCAGUAACGCUGAGGCCCGGCAGCCAGGAAAGGCCCCCAACUUCAGUGUGAACUGGACGGUGGGAGAUCAGGCUCUAGAAGUCAUUAACGCCACCACAGGCAAGGAUGACAUGGGCAGACCCUCACGUCUCUGUAAGCACGCCAUAUACAGCCGCUGGGUGCCACUACACACUAAGCUCUCGUCAACUCUGCGAAUCAAAGUGCCCAAGCCCAGCUCGUACCACGAAGCCAAACAAGCAGCGGAGGAGUAUCACACAGCGAAGCAAACGCUCAUCAAGGCCUUUCACAAAGCGGGCCUGGGUGCCUGGGUGAAAAAGCCCAUAGAACAGGACCAGUUCUCACUGAACUCUUGAACAGGGGACAUAAGACCAGGACAUGACAACAACCAGCUGUUAAUACUUCACUUGAUGUGCGGGUGUGUGUGUGUGUGUAUGUGUGCGUGUGUUGCUGUUUGUUCUCAGACAAACUAAGAGCCCUUUAGUGUCUGUCAUUUUGCUCUCUUUGUGUGAAUCAUGACUUUGCCUUUAUAAUUUGUAAUGUAGAAGCAGGUUGUCAUUUAACGUAUGUUUGUUUCGAAGUUAGCGGCACUAGCCUUCCGCAGAUAACAGGAUGUAAUGUCAUUUGUAACUGGAAAAAAAGUUAUUUUUAGUUUUUCAAACUAUUUUCAUGAGAGAGGGUUGUUCUUCUGACAAAACCUCGACGCCGUAAACGUGUACGUUACGUGGCUUCAGGUCGACCACACAGCUGUGCGCACGGGUCUGAAGGUUUCCUGGUCCAGCCUACCCAAAUGCUGGCUCACCUUUCGAGCAUGAUUCUCCUUGAUAUGCAAAACAUAAGCAUAUUUAUAU